AGACAUGAGUGUUCUACAUCGCAAAACGACACUGUUGGCACAUGGUAAAUGUGUAAUAGACAGUUAAUAGUAACAGAUAACGACGGCAGAAAGUGUGCAAAGUUCUAAAAAACAAGAGCCAACCCCCAAAGCAAAAUCCCAUUAGAUCCACAGAAGCCUGUGUAUUAUUUGCACAUCUAGAAUUUGAAGUAUCGCAUCUUCAAAGCUCUAGUUCUUACGGUUUAAGAAGGUAGCAAUUAGUCGUCGUGAAGGUCAAUGAUGGUGAACCCAGGAACUGACGAUAAACCUCCCAACCCAUUUGUUCGUGACGCCUCUUGUAAGAAGUCUCUUGUUCGACACCCAUUACCGGUGAAGACAAAUGCAUCUGAAAAUUCUGUGGAACCAAGAGCUUGUGGUGAAAAUCCUGAUCUUGAAUUUUUACCUAUUCUUCGUUCCGGGGCAUGGGCAGACAUUGGGUUUCGUUCAAGCAUGGAGGAUGUGUAUGUUUGUGCUGACAAUAUAAUGCACGACUAUGGGGUGAAAAACUGUGACUCUGGGCCAAGUGCCUUCUAUGGGGUUUUUGAUGGUCACGGAGGAAAGCAUGCUGCUGACUUUGCAUGUCACCAUUUGCCAAGGUUCAUUGCUGAGGAUAAAGAUUUCCCUGCAGAGGUUGAGAGGGUCCUGGCUUCAGCCUUCCUACAAACUGACAAUGCUUUUGCAAAAGCUUGCUCUCUUGAUGCUGGUCUUGAUUCUGGGACAACUGCAUUGGCUGCUCUUGUUCUUGGGAGUUCACUGGUGGUGGCAAAUGCUGGUGACUGUAGAGCUGUACUAUGUAGAAGAGGUAAAGCCAUUGAGAUGUCAAGGGAUCAUAAGCCAAUUUGCUCAAAAGAAAGAAUGCGCAUUGAAGCUUCCGGGGGAUAUGUUUAUGAUGGUUACCUUAACGGUCAAAUAAAUGUUGCUCGUGCUUUGGGGGACUGGCACAUGGAUGGUCUAAAGGGUAGCAAUGGUGGCCCCCUAAGUUCAGAGCCUGAAGUAAUGAGCACAAAGCUAACUAAAGAAGAUGAAUUCCUGAUAAUAGGCUGUGAUGGAAUCUGGGAUGUGUUUAUGAGCCAGAAUGCAGUUGAUUUUGCACGCAGAAAGCUUCAGGAGCACAAUGACCCAGUUAUGUGCAGCAAGGAUUUGGUUGAUGAGGCUCUGAAACGAAAAAGUGGGGAUAAUCUCGCUGCUGUCGUGGUGUGCUUCCAACCCCAGCCACCCCCAAAUUUGAAUCCCCCCCGAGGAAGAGUGCAGAGAAGCAUAUCUGCCGAGGGCUUGAAGGAGCUACAAAGCUUCUUAGAUAGCUUGGAAAAUUAGGAUGGUGACGAAUAUGUUUCUUCUUUCUAGUUCUUUCUAGUUUCCAGUAUUGUAGCUGGUGUCUUAGAGUUUAAAGAGUUUUUGUCUAACUGUAACAUAUGCGGCAUUAGCUCUUUCCUAUGUUUUAACUUAAGACUUCUUUACAAUCGUAUUUAGGAAUCCUGAUGUCAGCUUAUCGGAACUUUACAUUUUGAUUCA